CUUCCCUGGGCUGCCGCUCCCACGGCCACAGGCAGAGACCCGGUGGUGGAGGGCAACAUGGCGAAGAGGGUGGCCAUCAUCGGAGGGGGCAGCAGUGGGCUGUGCGCCAUCAAAGCCUGCCUGCAAGAGGGGCUGGAGCCCAUCUGCUUCGAGAGGACUGGGGACAUUGGAGGGCUCUGGAGGUUUGAGGAGCGCCCCGAGGAGGGCCGCGCCAGCAUCUACCGCUCCGUCAUCAUCAACACCUCCAAGGAGAUGAUGUGCUUCAGUGACUUCCCCAUCCCCGAGGACUUCCCCAACUACAUGCACAACUCCAAGAUCAUGGAGUACUUCCGCAUGUACGCCCAGCACUUCGACCUGCUCCGCCACGUCCGCUUCAGGACCAGCGUGUGCCGCGUGUCCAAGCGCCCCGACUUCGCCACCACGGGCCAGUGGGAGGUGGUGACCGAGAGCGAGGGGAAGCAGGAGGCGGCCAGCUUUGACGCCGUGCUGGUGUGCACUGGGCACCACACCGAGGCAUACCUCCCGCUGAGCACCUUCCCAGGAAUCGAGAAGUUCAAGGGCCGCUACCUCCACAGCCGAGAAUACAAGGACGCUCGGGAUUUCACGGACAAGAGGGUCAUUGUCAUCGGGAUCGGGAAUUCGGGGUCAGACUUGGCCGUGGAGAUCAGUCAAACGGCCACGCAGGUCUUCCUCAGCACCCGCCGGGGUGCAUGGAUCCUCAACCGUGUUGGAGAUCAGGGCUACCCCAUCGACAUUGUCUUCACCACCCGCAUGAAGACGUACCUGAAGAAGCUGCUGAGCCUCUCAAUGGUGAAUGACUUCAUGGAGAAGCAGCUGAACGCCAGGUUCGACCACUCACACUACGGCCUGAAGCCAAAGCACAGGAUCUUUGACCAGCACCCCACCGUCAAUGACGACCUGCCCAACCGCAUCAUUUCGGGCAGGGUGCUGGUGAAGCCGAACGUCCAGGAGUUCACAGAGACGUCUGCCAUCUUUGAGGACGGCACCAGGGAAGACAUUGACGCCGUGGUCUUCGCCACGGGAUACAGCUUCUCCUUCCCCUUCCUUGAAGGCUGCGUGAAGGUGGUGGAGAACCAGAUCCCCCUCUACAAAUUCAUGUUCCCCCCUGACCUGGAGAAGCCGACGCUGGCUUUCAUCGGCCUCGUCCAGCCUCUGGGUGCCAUCAUGCCCAUCUCCGAGCUCCAGUGUCGCUGGGCCACCCGUGUCUUCAAGGGGCUGAACAAGCUGCCCCCACGGCACGACAUGGAGGCUGACAUCAAGCAGAAGAGAGAAGCAAUGGCAAAGCGGUACGUGAAGAGCCGGCGGCACACCGUCCAGGUGGAUUACAUCCCCUACAUGGACGAGCUUGCCUGCCAAGUGGGAGUCAAGCCCAACCUGUUCUCCCUCUUCCUCACCGACCCCAAGCUGGCACUGGAGGUGGCCUUCGGGCCCUGCACGCCGUACCAGUACCGGCUGCAGGGCCCGGGCGCGUGGGCGAGCGCCAGGGAGGCCAUCCUCACCCAGUGGCAGCGCAUCAUCAAGCCCCUGCAGACACGGCACUUGGAGGAGGAAGCAUCGGCCCCUGCUGUGCCCCUCUUCUUCAAGCUGGUCGGGGCCGUGGCCGUCCUCGCCAUCAUUUUUGCUUACUUGUAGGUGCCCUACAAGUGCGGGGAGGGAGGCUUUCUGAUGUGCUGGGGGGCUGACCGGCCACCCCCUGCCCUGCAGCAGCCUGUGCACCCCAGUGCUGGCAGGAGCCCUCCUCCUGCCUGGCACAGCCCCGCUGCGGCCACACUGCAAGCUUAGCGUGCACGGAGCCUCGCUGGCUGCUGAAAUAAUGCCUCCAUGCCUGGUCUGCACCUCCUUCUGGGGAGCUGCCACCAGGGACGGACAAGGAAACCUGCUCACACACAGGAUAAAAUCCAGUCCCCCUCAGGCAGCGCUUUUGACCCAGCGGGGACGUACCAGCUUUCCUGUCGCCUAUAACCCGACUGAGCCACCACUGGCACACUCACAUGAGAGCUAAGUAGCAAAGGCACAGCAGACUUCCUAA